AUGGCAAGCCGAAAUUCCGGUGGUACCGAUGGCAGAUAUGACCAUAUGGAGCAUGUCGACCAUGAGGGCAGAGGAGAUAACCUUCGAUCCCUGAUUGUUGCGGAAGUCAGCAAAGCUAUAGUCGAUUUUAUGGGGUCGAUCGCGGUGGAAUGUAGUUCGUCCUUCAUUACCCUGAUUCCGAAAAACAAGGAUCCGGUGGGGUUAAAGGAUUACAGACCGAUAAAUUUGAUUGGGGUGAUUAGCAAAACGAUAUCCAAGAUUCUCGCUAAUCGAUUAAAGAAGGUGAUCGGGGGAAUAAUUUCGGAAAAUCAGACGGCUUUUCUUAAGGGAAGGUAUAUUCUCGAUAGCCCUUUAAUGUUAAAUGAACUUAUCGCCUGGAUUAAAAAAGAGAAUAAAAAGGCUUUCCUUCUAAAAAUUGAUUUUGAAAAGGCUUAUGAUAACGUCAAUUGGAAAUUCCUUUUAGACAUCAUGGAUCAAAUGGGUUUUCCAGGGUUAUGGCGUAAAUGGGUUGAAGGGGUUCUAGUUUCGGCCAGAUCCUCGGUUCUGGUGAACGGGUCCCCUACUUUUGAGUUUAGUUGUUCCAAAGGUGUUAGGCAAGGAGAUCCGUUGUCUCCGUUUUUGUUCCUUUUGGUUAUGGAAGCUCUAUCCAGUAUUUUUUGUAAAGCUGGGGUUGAAGGAUUAUUUAAAGGAAUUCAAACCCCUAAUAAUGGGCCGAAAAUCUCGCAUAUGUUUUACGCGGAUGAUGCUCUUGUGAUGGGGGAGUGGGAUAGGGCUAAUGUGUUAAAUGUAACCAGAUGUUUGAGAAUUUUUUAUAUGUGUUCGGGUUUAAAGAUUAACCUUCAUAAAUCUAACUUAUACGGGUUGGGAGUGGAAGAUGGUGAGAUAAGGGAUAUGGCUAAAGUGGUGGGGUGUAAUUCUGAUAAAAUUCCGCUCACUUAUUUGGGGAUUACUGUGGGAGCUAACAUGAACAGAAUUAAUAAUUGGACUCCAAUUAUUGAGGUUUUCGAUAAAAGAUUGUCGGUGUGGAAAGCUAAAACUAUUUCGAUUGGGGGGAGACUCACUCUGAUUAAUUCUGUGUUGGAAAGUCUCCCUAUUUAUUACUUCUCGUUAUACAAGGUUCCAGUAGGAAUUGUAAAAAUUCUUGAAGCGAAAAUGAGAAAUUUUUUUUGGGCGGGAUCAAAUGAAAAUAAAAAAAUGAACUGGGUGGCUUGGGAUUGGAUCACGUGGCCUAAAUCAAAAGGGGGGUUGGGCAUAAACAGACUUAAAGAGAUCAAUUUGGCUCUUCUUUUUAAAUGGGGGUGGAGGUAUAGAGUCGAAAAUCAAAAUUUAUGGAGAAAGGUGGUGGAAGCUUGUCAUGGUAAUAACAAUCAAAGGAGCUUCCUUCCACUUAAUGGAAAAAUUUCGGGAUGUUGGAAAAAUAUUGUGAAUGCGAUUUCUAACCUGAAAAUUAACGGGAAGGGUUUAAACAGCCUGAUUUUGGGUAAGGUGGGGAACGGGGAGGAGAUUCGUUUCUGGCUGGAUACUUGGUUGGGUGAUAAGCCUUUUGUGGAAAGAUGGCCACACUUGUUCGGUUUGGAAUUGUCUAAAAUGUGCAGGGUUGCUGACAAAAGGGAUGGGAUCCAAGGUUAUAGCGGUUUUGUGUGGAAUUGGUAUAGACAACCAGAGACAGAUGUUGAGCUUAAGGAAUGGCAGGAAUGUCAGGAGGUUCUCAGCAGGGCAUCAUUUUCAAAUAAUGAGGAUUUAUGGUUGUGGAACGAUGAAAAUCAGGAAGGAUUCUCGGUGAAGGCAGUAAAAAUGGCUCUUAUUAAGGAUAGAGGAGUUAGUCACCCCCCUAACUUUGAAUGGUGUAAAUGGGUUCCGAUCAAAUGCAAUAUCAUGGCGUGGAGAGGUAAUCUGGAUAGAUUAGCUACGAGAGUUAACUUAAGAAGAAGGAAUGUGAAUAUUUCUUCAGUUAUGUGCCCUUUUUGCGAUGAAUUUGAGGAAACGGUGGAGCACCUUUUUACUGCUUGUUCGGUGGUGGAGAGAGUUUGGUCGGCUUUCAGUGCUUGGUGUAAAUUGCCUCAGAUAUAUGCUUUCGACUUCAAAGACAUUAUGGAGAUUCACAAUUUCACGUGUCUCAGUAAGAAAGCAAAGAGUAUCAUUCAAGGUCUGGUGAUGAUUUCGUGUUGGUGUAUCUGGAAAGGAAGAAAUGAUUUGGUGUUCAAGCAGUUUAGACGAAGUCCACAAGAUAUUUUAGGGGAGGUUAAAUCGAAGGGUUAUGGGUGGGCUAGAAAUAGAACUCCUUGUAAUUAUAUUAGUUGGGUAGAUUGGUGUAAAUAUCCGUUGUAUAUGUUGUAA